AUGCGGCCUGCUACGUCGUCGUACGUGCUGUACGGCGCAUCAGUGCUCUUUGCAUCCAUAGCGGUAUCAACAUCAGCUUCCACUGGAGUCAAUAGCACCGACAUUGCUCAACAAUAUGGCCAACAAUUACCGUCCGUGGUCCGGAAGAUGAGCGAUGAUGAAGGCGAGAAAUUUUAUUUUGACUAUUGGAGUUGGGAUGGCCCAAACUUAUCGUCCGCUUCAAAGAGAGGCAUUGUCAACACAUCCAUAACAGUGGAACCUCAACCGGCGCUAUUACCGCAUACCAGCACUGAUGCAGAGUCACUGUUGUCCGCCGAGGGAAAACGGGACUACGCCAGAUCCGCAAGAAGGGCUCUUUUCAUGCUCUUGGGUAGAGAUUUCCAAUGUCCCACGGGAUAUACCUGUGUGGCUGGUGGAUGUGCAUUUGUGUCGACAUAUACUGUGACUAGACAGUCAACGACUUUUGUUUCGUCGUCCACGGUGUCGACAGAACCGACUGUACCGACGGUGUCGAUUACUUCAUCUACUACUCAUACAACAACAACAACAACAACAACAACAACAACAACAACAACCUCCUCUUCUAUUUCACCAACAUCCACAGAGACUUCCAGCACCGUAUCCCCUGCAGCACCGGUACGACCUACGACCAGUUCACAAACCACCAUAACAAGCAGCACUCCCUCCUCCACCUCAGUAUCCAGCACAGUCUCAACAUGUCCUACCGGCUUCUACGCAUGCUCUGCCGUCUACGCAGGCGGAUGCUGCCGUACAGGCCGCAAUUGCGACACUACUUCUUGCCCUGCGACACCAUCCACGACACUUAUCAAUACGGAUGGUAUUACUAUUGCUGUUCCUACGGGCAGUGCCGCGACGACUGCCACUGAAAGUAGCGGUUCCUGUGCCACAGGAUGGUUUAGUUGCGCUGCUUCGGCCGGUGGUGGGUGUUGUCCCAAUGGGUAUGUCUGUGGUAGUAGUUGCACGGCGUCAAGUUCAGGGACUGCGACGGCGACUGUUGUCAAGGAACAGCCUGGUGUAGGAGGAAGGUAUAUUGCAAAUAUGUAUUUUGGCGGAUUUAUGGCAUUGUUUGUUACGAUCUGGUUUCAUUGGGUUUGA